CUCCAAUGAUCCAAUCCGUCUUCCCUGCCCCGACCCGACCUCUCCUCCUCCGCUUCCUCCCCACUCCGCCAGCCCAAACAAAACGCGACGCGAACGUGAGGAGAGCCAUACCAAUCCAUCAACCCACUCGCACCGUCACGCGGCGCCUCUCCCCUCCUCCCGUUCCCGUCUCUUCCGUCGCGCGCGCCACGCGACCGGCAGCGCGCACGUGAGAGGGCGCGAUGAGGCCGGGCGGGCCGCCGAACCCGCGGGCGCUGCAGCAGGCGCAGCAACCGGGCACGCCGGGGCGGUCGCGGCGGCGCCCGGAUCUCACGCUGCCUCUGCCGCAGCGGGACCUGACCUCCCUCGCCGUGCCGCUGCCGCUGCCGCUCCCGCCGUCCUCCGCACCGUCGUCCACGUCGUCAUCGGGGUCGAUGUCGGGCCCGGCGUCGCUCGGCGCGCCGACCCCGCCGACAUCGGCCGGCUCCGCGCCGCCGGCCCCGCCCCCGCUGUCGGAGCUGGAGCGCGUGCGCCGCAUCGGGAGCGGCGCGGGCGGGACGGUGUGGAUGGUGCGGCACCGCCCCACAGGCCGGGCCUACGCGCUCAAGGUGCUCUACGGCAACCACGACGACGCCGUGCGGCGGCAGAUCACGCGCGAGAUCGCCAUCCUCCGCACCGCCGAGCAUCCGGCAAUCGUGCGCUGCCACGGCAUGUACGAGCAGGCCGGCGAGCUCCAGAUUCUGCUCGAGUACAUGGACCGGGGCUCGCUCGAGGGCCACCGCAUCUCCGACGAGCACUUCCUCGCCCACGUCGCGCGCCAGGUGCUCUCCGGCAUCGCCUACCUCCACCGCCGCCACAUCGUGCACCGCGACAUCAAGCCCUCCAACCUCCUCAUCGACUCCGGCCGCCGCGUCAAGAUCGCCGACUUCGGCGUCGGCCGCAUCCUCAACCAGACCAUGGACCCCUGCAACUCCUCCGUCGGCACCAUCGCCUACAUGAGCCCCGAGCGCAUCAACACCGACCUCAACGACGGCGCCUACGACGGGUACGCCGGCGACAUCUGGAGCUUCGGCCUCAGCAUCCUCGAGUUCUACCUGGGCAGGUUCCCCCUCGGUGAGAACCUCGGCAAGCAGGGGGACUGGGCCGCUCUCAUGUGCGCGAUUUGCUACUCCGACUCGCCGCAGCCGCCGCCCACCGCCUCGCCGGAUUUUAAGAACUUCAUCAGCCUCUGCCUCCAGAAGAACCCGGCGAAGCGGCCAUCCGCGAUGCGGCUGCUGCAGCACCCGUUCGUCGCCGGGCCGCAGCCGCAGCCCCUCGCCGCCCCGCCGUCAUGAUGACUCACCAUAAAUCCACAAUUCCGAUUGAUCCCGGUCUUGAUCCGACUCGGACGCCGGUGGAUUGACGGAUGGUUGCCUGAUUGGUUGGUUGGCGAUGAGAUGUGGGAUCUAGGGAUAUUAUUCCUAGCCAUUUUGGGAAUUCAAUCCACAACUACAGCAAUCACCACAUCCAUUGCUGUUGCUGUUACUCCAGGAAUUAAGUUUUCUUCUUAGCUUCUUGCACUCUUUUUUCUUUCUCCUUUCAAUGUUUAUGUUCUUCCAAAUGAUAAUCAUAUAAUAUGGGUUGUUAAGAAACCAGUUCCCUUUCA